AGGAGAUAAAAUAUAAAAGCAAUAGAGCAAAGCGCGGAGCUGUAAGCAAGAGCGUCCGAACAGUAGCGAAGCAGGAAGUGAUUAGUGAUCAUAUAUGAUUCAUAAAUAAAUAUAUGAUUAUAAAUAUAUAAAUAUAUGAUUCAUAAAUAAAUAUAUGAUUAUUUAUUUAAUACAGUUGAUUCUGUAUUGAUUCUGCUGUUCUGACCUUUAGUCAUUCAUUAGAGUGUGAGAUGCAGUAAUGACAGUGAGAGCAGAUUAGAGCCUGAACCAGGAUAUUGCAGCUCCAUCACCUAAGGCCACAGUAUUUGUAAUUUUGUAUGAUCUUUUUUUUUUUCUAACCUCUUCACUGUGACACUAAAAAGUGUGAUUCUGGCAGAGAACCAGCAGCACCCACUUAGACACUUUUAACAUGAUGCUAGGGUUAGAUAAAUUUGACCUCUACCACAAUAAUCAAUGCUGUGGAACAGAAUGGUUCCAAACUCAUUUGAGUAUUUUGUUUGUUUAAUAAAUUAAAAUUGUGUUUAAUUUCUGUUUAUUAAACAUGUUGAAAGUAUGCUAUCAUGAACUGAAAAGUUACAGAGUUUAAAACCAUGCAGCAGCUUAAAGAAAGAAGAGGAACUGUGAAUGUGUGAGAGUUCAUCAGUUUAAAGUGGGUUCAGUGAUGGUAAGUCACAUCAACCCACACGCUGUAAGUUGAACAAGUGUGGUCAAACGAACAGUUUUCACACUCUUUACUAACAUGUUCCACACCUCGACAUUGCACCCACAGCUCUGAGAAUACUAGCACACCAUAAUAUAAAGAGUAAAAAGACAACCAUUAGGGCUGAGAAAAAAAGAACAAUAAAUGAGCACAACUACUUUAGUUACAAUACACAAUUAACAGGCAAUACUUGAAGGUCCUUAUAAUAUAAAUAUAUUGCUGCUUUUAGCAUUUUUAAACGUGAAAGAGUUUGUAGUUCUGAUGUGUGUUUAGAGUGCUGGUGGAUGAUUAUGGUUGGAUUAUAGAGUGGACAGUUCUCACAACUGAUAUAAAUAUAUUGUUAUUAUUACGAAAUAAUGUGUAACAUUCCCUGUUUUUUUGUUCCAUGUGCUUUUGUUUCGAGGACUCUUAUUUUGAAGUAUUCUUGUUCCCCUCAUUAGUCUUUGAUUGUUUCUUCAGGUGUGUCCUACUAGCCUUUGUGUAUUAUAAGCUCUAGGGUGCUUCUCCAUUCUUAUAUGUGCAUCCUCGUUACCUUUCCUCACGUCUCAGCUCAGACCUCCGCACAGGAUACACCUGUGCACCCUCGCUCAGUCUUCUGGAAGCUUCCUUACUCCUCGUUCCUCGCCUCCUCAUGGUGCAAAUAGAGAACUGAGAUGUCCUUUAAGAUGUCUUUCUUUGAUAUUUUUCCAGGUCACAGGCUGGAGAACAGAGGAACAAAGAAACAAGGAAGCAUUUGAGGCUAUUGAGAAGCACCUCUAGUGUUUCUUGUCCUUCUAUGGCUGUGAUAUUGGUGUUCUCAGUCUCCUUGUUUUUUAGUUUCUGAGUUAAUUGUAUUUUGGUAUUAUUUUAACAAACCUUCCGCAUGAGUUUUCAGUUGGGUGAAGUACUAACUAGAAAACAAAUGCAAUAUGAAAAUGAUAAAAGCAAUUAUGGUGAUACCAUAAAAUAAAACUUUCAGUUACAUUAAAAUUUUGGAGAAACGCAACAAAUAAAUGACCUUUAUAUGUUAAUUGUAGCCGAUUUUUCUGACUUUUCUUUCCCAGUUGCUGUAUCAUUUAUUUCAGUGCACAUGAAAAUUACAGUCAUAAGUUUCAGUGGCCCCUCACUUUCAGAACAAACUAAACUGCUUUAAACAGUAUAUACUUCUUUAUCAUGCAUCAGUUUAGCGUCAGUGAAAUGCAGCUGUAUAUAGUGUCAGCACUAAAUAUCAGAGGAAGUUAACAACCACAGGAGGGGCUGAUGAUGUUUAAAGAAAGAACAAAAAGACAGACUGACAGAAACAGAAAAUGGCUGAUCAGUGUCACAUGUGUCUGCUGGGACUGACCAUUCUCUGUCCACUUCUGACAGGUACCAGUGGAGUGGAUGAGACUCACGUGUUCAGCAGAUCUGGUGAAAAUGUCAGUCUGCCCUGUAAUAAUGCUCUUCCUGACUGCACAUCAACUACAUGGAUCUAUAUCAGACAUUCAGAGACAGUUUAACUGAUUAAUUCAGGGAUAAAGAAGAAUGACACAGAGAGACGUGAGAGACUGAGUGUGGGGUCUGACUGCUCUCUGAACAUCAAGAAAAUCACACAAGAAGAUUAUGGGCGUUACAUCUGCCAACAAUUUGUGAAUGGACAAAAACAAGGAACUGAUGCAUCCGUUUAUCUGCAUUUUCUUCAUGUCUCUUCAUCAUCCUCACAGACUGAGAUCAGACUAGGCAGCUCUGUGACUCUCUACUGUCAGUUGUAUUCAUAUGGAGACUAUUGUGAUACUUUGGUCCGUACUGAUGGAAUUCAGCUGGUCUGGGUGAAUCAGGCUGGUGUUAGUGUGAUGACAGACUCCAGAUAUCAGAUAUCAUUCUCCUCAACACACUGUAUCAGCAAUCUGACUACAACACUCCUGAAUGAAGAUCUCAACAGAGAGUGGAGAUGUCAGGUUACUCAGAGAAAUCAACUGAAGACCUCAGCCACAUAUACUGUCAAGUAUUCAGCUCCAACUGAGACAAAGACACUGACUCCAGUCAUCAGCUCAAAGACAGCCACAACUGUAAAUAAACCAGUAACUUCUACUCAAUCAGCUCCAGUCGAUUCAACAAAACUGAUUCCAGUCAGCAGAUCAAAGACAACCACAACUGUAAAUAAACCAGUAACACAAUCAGCUCCAGUCGAUUCAACAAAACUGAUUCCAGUCAGCAGCUCAAACUCUGAGAAGAAAUCAAGCCGAACUACAGCAGAUCCAACACAACAAGUCCCUCCCUCAGAGACUUCCUUGCCCUCAGUGAUUGCUGGUCUUGUUGCUGCAUUGGCUGUUCUCCUUCUUUCUGUUAUUUUUUGGGUGAUUCAUAAUAGAAAACCAAAAGCUGAUAACAAAAGAGGGACUGAUGACUUUGUGGAGCAGAAAGAUGAUGUGACUUAUACUGAGGUUUUCACAUACAGUAAAAUCCAAGACAAAAACAACAAGGUUAACAUUGAUGAUACAGUGACUUACGCUUCCAUCAAUGGAGCAACAGCUGGACCUCAGGAUAACAACAGUCAACUUUAUGCCUCUGUGAACAAGAACCAUCACAAAUGAGUAAAACAGUCAUUCAUUUUAAAAAAGACCUUAUGAUAUGAUGCAUGGAGGACAUUUUUUUUUUUAGAUCAUUCUCAUUAAAUCAUCAGUUUUGUUGAUUGAUUACUACAGGCCAGUUUAUUGUUAGUUUGUUGUAAUUAUGAAAACAGGCAAAGUUACAUGAUAAUGUAAACAUAUACAAUAUGAUAGGAAUUAAAAUUUGGUUUUUGAACUGUUUGAGCAUUUUAAGGAUAGAGCUGCAAUGUAUUUUGACAGUGUCAGAUGCGAGUUUGUUAAAAAAAAUUUGUUGGUGUACAGAAUGUUUUUUCAUUGUAAAUAUGAUGGUAACUGUGUUUAAUACCCAAGCUACACUGUUAACAUCCUCUAGUGACUGAUGCAGAGAUGCUCAGAAAUGCUUUAUUUAAUAGUGCCGUAGAAGAACUGAGAGACUGCAGUCAGUUUUAAAGAAACAUCUCAAAUCAUCUAAAAAAAAUGGUUACUGACAACUCAGCAUUGUCAACAUUAGUAUUGUAUUCUUGACAAAAUAGACUUUUUUGUACAAAUUGCUCAUGGUUGCCUUCUCCUGUUGCCAUCUCUCUUUCUCUUUCUCUGUUUUUCUCUUUCUCUCACUCUCUUUCUCUUCAUUCCCUUAUAUUUUUAUUUUGUCUAGAUAAUUUACUUAUAUUUUAUCUUUGUUUUAGGGUGACUUUUUAACAUUCUGUCAAGGGUCUACAGAUGAAAAAUAGCCUUUUGGGCUAAUCCUGGCACAUUUACAGUUAUGUUUAUUGAUGUGCAUUGCCCCUGUUAACAAAUAAACUAAAAGAAGAGAUCAUCAUGACUAUUAA